GGCAGCCGCUGCCGCUUCUUUCGCUUUCCGCUGCGAGGGAGCGAGAUGUCGGCGCGCUGUCGCUCCGCGGGACUCCUCCUCUAUGGGGCGCUGCAGCUGGUGGGGCUCCUGAAGGUGUCCUCACUGCCGUACACCCCCCAGAAUCAGAACCAGUGCCACAAUCCAAACACGGAGCGAUAUGACGAAGCCAUCCAGAAAUGUUGCAGCUUGUGCCCUCCAGGUUCCCGCGUGCUUGAAAAGUGCACUGAGAACGCUGACACGAAGUGUGGAGCAUGUGAUGAGGGGACAUUUACAGAUGUCUGGAGCGCAGCUGGACUCUGUUUCAGCUGUUCGCCAUCAUGCAAAACAGGAUUGGUUCAAACAACGGAGUGCACUCGGACGCACGACAGACUAUGCCAGUGUCCUCCUCAUCACUUCUGCCAACUGCCCCUCUCAGACACCUGCAGAUGGUGCAAGUUAUACCAGCAAUGCCAAAAAGGCUACGGAGUCUCAGUACCAGGCACAGAAAAGAGCGACGUGGAAUGUGCGCCCUGCGGUCCAGGCACAUUUUCAGAUGUGGAGUCUCACAGCGCCUCCUGCAGGCCUCACAGGAUAUGUGAAUCAGAAAUCACCCCCGGAAACAGCACCCAUGAUGCAGUUUGCAGCGAUCUCAGUGUGCCUGUUGGCACCAUGGCAGCUCCUCUGGGCACCACAGUCACAGCAAAGAGUCAUUGGGUCACCAGGAGUCCGACAGAGAAGACACAGAAGGUUCUGCAACAGCCUCCAGCAGACAUGUCUCAAAUUGCUGGUUUGGUGGCUGGAGUGGCGUGUGCCAUAUUUGCACUGAUCGGAGGGACUUGUGCCUGUUUUGCUUUGAGGAAAAAAGGCCACCUUUACAUACUGCCUUUUGCCAAGGAAAAACAGCCGUUUUCGUGUCCCGAAAAAGCAUCCACCAACAGGCCUCAGGACACCAACGCUCUGCAGGAGGAGCAGAAUCUCCUUCAGGUCUCAGCCUCAAGCAGCGGGUCUUUAGAUAGCCCACCAGCCUCUGAGAAAAGCAGCGGGGUCAGCAGCGAGGGCACUUUAAGCACCAACACAGAGAGGACUCAACAAAGAUCUUCUCCAUCAAAUACCUGCGUGCAUCACAGCGGUGCAAACUCAAAGCAAUCCGGCAGUGGGACACAUGUCAAUGUCAGUUGCACAGUCAGCAUCUGCAACGCUUCGGACCACAGCUUGCCGUUCCACUUGCUGAAUGCUCCGGGGGCCUCCGAUUCCAGAGACUGCGCUUUGGCAGAAGACCUUCCCCUGUCGAAGGAAGAAAGCCCCUCGAAAAAGGAGAGCGGGACGCAGAUUGCGGAAGAGGUUGAGGACAAUAUGGACGCGUUUGACCACAGCGUGGGGAAGGCACUUCCACUGAGCGUACAAGAUGUGGGCAUGAAGGCUACAUGAGGGAGGCUUGUGGAGACUCGCCGAGUGUGGCACAGAAGUUUUUGUAUGUUACAAAUGGAUCACAAGCCCGUCACGGGUUCUAAAGAAUCUCAGGUGCUUCCUUAGCAAUAUAUAAAAGGUGAAGAAAACGAACUUUGUGAGAAAUAUACAUACAGUAUUGGAAUUCCAGGAUUUGUCGGUGACUAAAGAUGCAGAUUCUGGAGUGUGGUGAUCACCACGUUGCCCCAAAAUCACACCUAUAGUGAUAUGGUGCUCUGAUUCCGUGGCCAGCUGACACCCCAAAAUGUGUCCCCCCCCCCGGUGCCUCCAUCCCACCUUUUACUUUCCAUCACCUCCUAGUUUGCCCCCUUCCUGCUUUUUGGCCUACGUGUAUUAUUUUCGCUUAGGGUGCAGGAAGUCCUGGGUUCAAAUCCCAGACAAGCUCUGCCCAGGGUGUGGAGAAAUGCUGCCUGUGUUUUUAGCAACUGGAAAAGAGCUGUUGCUCUGUGGUGAAACCAUGCGCUUUGCGUGCAGACGGUCCCAGGUUCAGUCCCCAGCAUCUCCAGACGGGGCUGUGAAUGCUCCUGUCUGAAACCUUGGAGGGCCACUGUUAGUCAUUGUGUAGAUGAACCAGAUGGAUUAAUGGUCUGACCAUAAGUCAGCUUCCUGUGGGAGCGUAUACAGAGCACAUGCAUUGCAUGCAAAUAACUCCAAGUCCAAUCUUUGGUAUCUCCGGGUAGGGCUAGGAAUGUCCCGUCUGAAAACCUGGAGAGCCGCUGCCGGUCAGUGUUGACAAUACUGAGGUAGAUGGACUUGGUAAAAGGCAGCUUCCUGUGGUCAUUUGGGGCAUCUACAACUUAGUGGCAGAUCACAUGCAUUGUUCCCUAAAGGUCCGAGGCAAACUUAGGUAGCUUGGAAAGGCUCCUGCCCCAUCCCUGGAGAGCUGCCGCCGGUCAGUGUCAACAAUACUGAGCUGGAUCUGACCCGGAAAAGGUGUCUCCCUAUGGCUAAGUUAUCCAAUCUAAGCAGAAGGCUGGGUUUUCAGUCACACUUCCAGAGGCCCAGGCCUGUAAGAUGGCUGCAAUUUGAUUGCAAAUGUUUUCCUUCCAAACAGGUUUCCAUUGUUCAAUAGGGAUGAUGAAUUUGUUUUUCAAAACUUUUUUAAAUUCAAUAUACUGUAGUUUUCCAGAAUUUUAGUCUGCAUUCUUUUCCAUUUAUGUUAUUGUGUGCAGUUGCUGUAAUAAAUAAAUAAAUAAAGGAAUGUAAUAUAUCACUGAGUGGGGAGAGAAAGCAGUUUUAUUAAAAAAAAAAGAGAGGGAAUUUUAGUCAUCUGUGCACGAGAAAGCUUCAGUUGCAAGUGUUCAACACUUUCUACCUCCCAGCGCUGUGGGUUAAACCACAGAGUCUAGGGCUUGCCGAUCAGAAGGUCGGCAGUUCAAAUCCCCGCGACGGGAUGAGCUCCCGUUGCUCGGUCCCAGCUCCUUCCAACCUAGCAGUUCGAAAGCACCUCAAAGUGCAAGUAGAUAAAUAGGUACCGCUCCAAGCGGGAAGAUAAACAGCAUUUCCGUGUGCUGCUCUGGUUCACCAGAAGCGACUUUGUCAUGCUGGCCAUAUGUCCUGGAAGCUGUAUGCCGGCUCCCUCGGCCAAUAGAGUGAGAUGAGCGCCACAACCCGAGUCGGUCACGACUGGACCUAAUGGUCAGGGGUCCCUUUACCUUUAUGUCCCUUACACAUGCUUGCUUGUGAGACGCCUUGGAGGAAAAAAAGUGAAGAAUUUUGCUUUGCCUUUCAAAUGAAUGGUCUCUCCUGAUCCUAUCGUUGCGUUGGAGGAGCAGCUGCUUUGCAUGCAGAAGGUCUUAGGUUCAAUCCCCGGCAUCUCCAGGUAGCGCUGGGAGGGACCCCUAUUUGAAACCUGGGUUUUUUUUUCAGUGCAGAAAGCUCUGAGCUAGAAGGACCCAAAAGUCCUCUCCAUCUAUGAUUUUGAACCAUCUUGAUAACCCCCCGUGAAAUGAAACUAGGCUUUGCAUAGCAUAACCAUUUUCGUUGUUGGUAUGACAUAUAAGGAAGAACCCUCAAGCUUUGCCAGUGUCUGUUGGGCCUGUGCUCUCCCGACAGGCCAAAGUACCAAAACCCCGCAGGUGGGACAAGCAGAUCUAUCGCUUUAUGUUACAUCUAAAUAAAUCUGACUGGGACAUCUAUUGUGUGGUAAUUUUGAGUGGCUUCCACAUCUUCACACACUCAGAUCUUCACAUGGCAUUCAUCGUAAUGGGAGGCAGUAAAACGGGGCACUCAGCAGCACCAGAGGAAAGCAGGGGGCUUAACCUGUGCUCUGUUGCCCUAGUGCAAACAAAGCUGGUACUGAUGGGGCAAACAAAUGACUAAUGGGAAGACUUAUAAAGACCCCACAAGCAAAUCAGGAUGAAUGCUCCUUGUCAUAUGUGAGGUCUACCUGGCAUUAUUCAGCGCCAGGCAAAAACUUGGCUUUUCCACCAGAACUUUGAUGGGCUGAGCCGAUUUAUGUUUUUAUGUUAUUUUACUGUUGUCGUUUGGUGCAUGUGUGCUGUUUGAAUUACAAAAGUAUUAAUGCUUUAUAUAACUUCUUUGUAUUAUGUGUUAUAAAAUCAUAUUGGGGGGGGGGGUUCAGGACACCAUUACUAAUGAACAGAGAGGGGUGACCGAAUCUGACAGCUGCAGUUACCCAGAAUCCCUCGCAACACCACCUUCUUCGCCUCUGCUCCACUCCAGAGACCCACGCCAGAGAUUUACAUAUUAAAUGUAAAUAUCUCUCUUUUUUUACUUGAUUAGGUUUUGGGAGCAGGGGGCAGGGUCCAGGAUGCUCAGAUUACUGCCACCAGACCUCCCCUUUCAUGAUGUAUCUAUGAUGAAUUUAGGGAGGGCGGUCUUGGGCUACAUCCCUUCUGUGAUGUAUGGGUGAUGGGGUGGGCUGAAACCAAUUUCAAAUUUCUAUUUAAGGGCAGGACACCUUUGUUUGGGGUUCCUUCCUUGCUCUCCUGCGUGAGGGGAAGGACCCUGUAACAGCAAAAAUAAAGGCUUUGCUUCUCAAAAUUCUCUGGUUCGCCUCUGUUAUAUUCUCCAACCGAUGGAGAACCAAAUAAGGGCUCUUGUGUACCCCAUAAGGGAAUAAGAGCAGGUUUUUGCUUAUUACAUCAACGACCCCUUCUAACAAAUUAAGCUACGCCAGCGCAGCUUCUAUCCCGCCG